AUAAAAUUCUUUCGUUUUAUUCGUUUCAGCGAGACGGACAUGGCUCCGAACGCGGAGGAGGAGUUGCUGGUGGUGAAGCCGUGGGGCCCGCAACCGGAAAAGGAGCGAUUAAGACCACCUACGUACAACGCCGAGGACUACGCGAUCGCCCUGAGACGAUGGGGAAGACGUCCAUUAGGAAGUGUUCAAGACUCGCAUGGUACUCUGCCGUCGACAACCAGUUCGAGUUCCGGCUACGCUUCCGGAAGCGGCGAGAUGACCUUGAGACAAUUCACGUCGGUCAGCGAGCUUCUGAACAAGCUGAGGGCUGACCUGAGGCUAGCGUUUCCAAGCUUUGUCCAGGAGUUCGCCUCGCCGCCAGCUGAUGGAGUCACCCUGUUGCUUGAAACGCUUCGCGGUGUUCAGUUGGCCCAAAGUUCGCCACCGUCUUCCGGUCACACGGGUCCACGAGUCGGUACCAGAAGAGCUGCGCUGGACGAAUUGGGUUGCGUCGAAUGUUUGGCCGCAUGCACCGAACGAUGCACCGAUGCACCGAGGCUCCUGGUGCAAGCUCAACCAGGUCUUCUUGCUCUGGCAGUUUGUCUGACUAGUAGCUUGAACCGGUCCCGAGUCCUGGCUCUCCAGCUGCUGACGAAGGUUUGCCAGACGCCAGGUGGCCACGUGGUAGUCUCAGAAGCUGUGUCCACCCUCAGGCUGAAAUACGGCGAAGGCGGGAGAUUCCGUUUUCUGGCUGGGGCUCUCCUCGCCCCGAGAGCCGCGAUCGCGCUCAGAGUCGCCGGAGUUUCCUUCCUGAACGCCUUCCUCAAAUCUGCGCCGCGAACGCAAACCAGAUUGUACAUUCAGGCCGAGGCCUGCGAAGCUGGACUAGAGCCGCAGGUGCUUCAUGAAUGGCUGAAAGAAUUGGACGGCCGGGAGGAGGACGCUUUGCACGAUCUCCUGCAUAAGGAGGUUCAGAAAUGGUCACACAACUGCGUGGACGUGGACGCCCUACAGCGGCGAGUGGUACGUGCCGAGGAAACUUGCAGGAUCCUCGGCAAAAAGGUAUCGGCCCUGCAGACGCAGCUUCAGCAGAUGCAGCUGGAGAAGCUGAACAAUUACAACCUCGAGGACAACCGUGAGAAGAUGACCGUGCUCAGUACGAAACAGUCGCCGAAGGUGUCGUCGAACGCCGAGGACGAGGGCAUCAGCUCGUCGGAGAGGUCGAGCAGCCCGGAGAACACGAAGCACCAGCCGCGUGCUGCCAGCCGUCAGAAAGGCACCAGCAACGUCUCGCCAGCGGACAACGAUCAGGAAACGACGAUCGACGACGUGAUCGAGGAGCUGAGGAUCAUCGUGAAGGACGCCGAGGAGGAGAUCGGCGACAAGAGCCGCCACGAACAGAAUCGAAUAGACCAGGGCUUCUACAACGCCGAGGACUCCGCCGAGAUCAAACUGCGCAGAACUGGCUCGAAGGUUUCGCUGGACAAUUCCGAGGCGUACGUCUACGACAAGGUGUUGAAGAGAGAUCGUCCGACGGACGCGAAGGCCACUUUGAAAUCCAACACUGGCUCGAACGUGUCGCAGAGCGUGAUCAAGGGCGAGCAGGUGACUUACUUUGGCAACGAUCGGGACUACAGCACGGAUUCCAACGACGAAGCGCGUCGAGUCUCGAAGUCCUCGGUUGAAGGUAGCGUGAAGAUCGUCGUAAAGGGGCCAGACGUCGAGGAGGCGAUCGUACCGACGAUUCUGCAUCCUCAGCCGCCUAGGAAAUCGCCGCCCUGCUUGUCGGCUAUCAUGGCGGUGAGGCGUUGCGACUUCAUCGACCAGGAAGAGGCGUUCAAUUCUCACGACGAAGACAUCGAGGACGAGACACUCGGCGAUGGCAGCGAUUCCCUACUCAGUGCCUCUCGGCUGAAGUACAGCGGGAAGAGCGAGACGUUCGAGGGCCAGGUGAAGAACACCGAGGUCGAUCAUUUCCAGAAACAGUGCGGCAGGAAGGAGACGGAAAGCGGCAACGAUCGGAAGAGCUUGAAGAAGAGCUUCGACGACCUUCGACGCUUCAGCGGAAGCGAAACGAAGGAGAAGAAGACGAUCAGGAACUACGAGACGUCGUGCAACGCGAAGAGCAGGACGACGAACGAUGCCAAGUCGAACAACAGGCACGACGGUGUUUUCUCGCAGAGGCACGGCUCGAAGUACAGAAGCGAAGUGGAGAAACGGAAGCUGCUUCGUAGGUCGGCGAGUCACGAUUACCUGGAAUCGAGCGCCUCGAGUCCACGAUCGAAGAGAUCCGGCAAAAGCAGGGUGGAGAGCCACAUCAGGAAGUUCGAAAGCUUGAACUCGUUCGACGAGCAUCGUAGCCUCCAGAGUUACCUACAGGGGAGACCGGGUAGCACGGAGAAUCUGAGGAAGCAGGAGCAGUUUUUCAGGGAGGAGAGCUCGAGAUGCAGAAUGCGCAGGUCCGAGUCGUUUCAUCACGUCUCUCACGUCGCCAGGAAGGACCAGUGCUCGUCGUCCCAGGGAGGAAGCGACAGCGGAUUGUUCUACAUAACGGACUUCAACCUCGAGCCUCUGGUAACGCGGCGACCGAGGUCCAUCGAAGCCCCGAAAUCGCCCAAUCUACUGACCAAAUCUUUGGACAGAAUCGACGAAGGGUUAGACUCGAUGAUCGAUAUUGUAAUCACGGAAGAAAGAAGCCAGUGGAGCUCCAGCAAGUAUCAGUCGAAGACGAAGAAGUCGCGGGAGGAAAGAACGCUGAUCAGAUCGAAGUCGAGCAGGUUGGAAGACUCGAGAAGUUGCUUCGAACUCGGGUCAAAAGCGAGGAAAGAAGAGUCGAAGAGCAAACACUUGAAGAACGACGAAUUCUACUCUGGACACGUGAGCAACAAGCAGCUGAGAAGCGACGAGUUGUACGAGGAACAGAGGAACCGAGAAUGGAACGAGACCAACUGUUCCAGAAGAAACGAGUUAGAUCUCGAUUGCACGCAGUUGAUACUGACGAAGAAUGGCGCGCGACACAAUUCGUUUUGUCAAAACGAGACUAUCGGCAACAGGUUCUUGAACAAAUCAAUGGAUUCCGGGAUCUUCGCUGGGCGAACCUACGACACGUUUGGAUUGGGGAAAAGUCGGUUCAACGCUGGGAAAUACUCGGGAAAUCAACAGGUGAAAGAAAGUCCGAUUGGAAGAAGAAACACCACCUCGUCAGCGGGUGGAAAUCGUGGGAAGGUCACUGACGUUGUUUCAGGGCUUUAUUAGAAUUAUUUAUAAGCGUGUUUAAAUCUUUUAAUCCUGCUCACAUGCUCACAGAAAAUACUAUAUUGUAUAUUCGAUUAUAUUCUUGUACAGAUUUUUGAGAGAGUUUCAAGCGAUUAUUUCGUAUAAUAUUAUUUUGCGAUUGAUUUAUCUGACGUUUGAUAUUCGAAUCAAAAUACUUAAUACCUAUCGCAAUAUUUAUCGUAAAUCGUAAUUAAGCAAAUACACCAUUGCAGUUCAAUUAUCGGCCAAUUGAUAACUUAAAUUAAUAAACUGUUGAUAAAUUUGGUAAACAUGUACGUCUCAGCAUGAUGAUAGAUAUUUUGGUGAUGGAACCAAUUACACGAUCUUAGCGGACAGUGUGCAAUAUAUUUUUUCAUAAGAAUAAAAAUAUAUA